GAGAGUAGUGUUUAUUUUUCUAAUGUUUGUGCUGUGAAAGUGAUGAAUAUUGUUUUGACGUAAAAGGUACUUUAUUUUCGUAAACCGUUGUAAGCUGUUACAUUUAAAAAAACCUUUAUUUUUUAUAACUCUAUUGAAUUUAGCACUGCGAAAAGACAAUUUAUUCAUCCUCAAAUUUCUAGACUUGAGGGUUUGUAAUGCUGUUUUGAAUGAACGCAAAGUGUUUCUGCUCAAGAUUUGCAAAGUUUCUACACAAGAUUCAUGUAAACUUCUUAUCAGAGCUUAUGUUUAAUACAUAGUAUGGAAUUCUUAUUCCCAAUAAUCAUGUUUCUGAGCUACGUAGCUGCUGAUCCCCAUUCCAUAUAUAUUUCACCAUAUGGCACACGCAUAGUUUUGGAAGAAGGUGCUGAUCUAAACUUAACCUGCAAAGUUAAAACAAAGUUGUGGCAAGAUAAAGAAUUUGACUUGAGUUGGAAACUGCCUACACAAUCCAGUGUGAAAGAUCGUAUUCUUAUCAAUAAAACAAAGGACCAGUUAGCUAUCACCAUUCAAAAUCUACAGAAGAAUGAUACUGGUCCAUAUAUUUGUGAGUUGCAAAAUGACGGUAUCAUAUCAAGUCGCAAAAUUUCUGUGUCUGUCAGAUCAAAAAAAUGUGUAAAACGAUUUUUUGAUUGUGGAGGAGGCAUAUGCAUUUCAAAACGUUAUGUUUGUGAUGGCUAUGUGGAUUGUUCAAGUGGUUAUGAUGAAUCCGUCAAAUUAUGUGGACCAAAUCCUUGUCAUGGAAAGAUUUUAUGUGAUGGACGUUGCAUCCCUCAGGAAUUUUGUUGUGAUCCCACUGUGAGCAGUAAUUGUUCCAUAAGCUAUUUGAUGCCCUGUUGUCGUGAGGUGCUUGACGAAGGUCUCUAUCAUUUUGAGGAAUACACUGAUUCAGUAGCAUUGCCAUGCCCUCCAUCAGUUGAUUGUCAUAUAGUCCCUAAUUUUGGAAUAGGCUGUUCCAUAUUGCAUGUUGUAGCAAUCUGUGCUGCUGUUGUGAUUGUGAUUUCAACUGCAGCUUUAUUUCUGGCAUAUCGUAUUUGUUCAGAACGUACCGAGCAGCUUCAUAGGUGGUCUAGGGUUUCUGAAAAUGAAUUCCGUGCAGCUAUCACUUCAAGACAUGGGGCUGGAUUGUUGUUAAACAAUGGGAACUUUCUGCAUGAAAGAGAAAAUUUCAACUCUGAUCAGUAUGAGAGAGAUUCACAACUACCUGACUAUUUGGUACGUGUGAAUUAUGUCCCUGGCUCUGGAUAUCAAGUUGCUGAUAGUAGACCAAAACCACCUCCUUAUACAGAAAAUUCCAUUGGCAUUCCACCACCUCCUUAUGAAAGUAACAGUAACAUUGCAGAUGUAAAUAAAGAGGACUGCCAGCUGCAGCGUGCCACUUCAAACAAUGAAACAAGUGGAUAGUAUUGUGAAUCAUGAUUUAGCUUCUUUCACUGAGGGUAUUUAGAUUUUAUUUGAAGACUAUAAAAAGCUGUCUUUUUUUUAAAGAGAAAGAAUUUUAUAAUCGCAAUACUAGGUAAUUCAUGUGUAAGAAAUUGCGAAGCUUUUUAAAGUUCUGCUUGCUUAAAUUUUUCUGUAAGAUAAUGUUUAAAAUCUUAAUGCGUAUGUACUAAUUUACACUUACUUUUUUUUCAUAAAAGAAAACUGUGAGCAUAUGUGAAUAAAACUCAAUAUAACAUGGGAUAACAGAAGCUUGUUUUAGUAGUAUAUCAUGGAAUUAUUAUUCUUACAUGAAGUAAGAAUUAUAAAGAUAUGUAUCAUAUGAAGUGUUAUAAUGUUUAAACAUGCUUUAUUAGAUUAUUAUUGAUUAAAACAUUGAUUUGGUAGAUGCUUUAAAUUGAUAGUCUUAAAAUUUAUAAAAAAAAAAAAAAAAGAGAAAAAAAAAAAAAAAGAGAGAAAAAAGCAGUUUUAUGUCAGCCCUAAAGUAGAAGAGGAUUUUCAUAAUCUUAAUAACAUUGUAUUUAAUAUACUAUGUACAUCUUUAUGGUAGAUGAUCUGAUAAUAUGUAUGUUUAUGUAUGAGGUACAGGUAAUAUGCUGAAAUUAUCUUUAUUUUGCAUUUAUUAGAAUAUUAAUGAGCUGCAUUUAAAACUAAUAUUUUGCUGUUAAAAGCCAUAUUGAGAUGAUGAUUCAGUAAACAUAUUCAUUUUAGAAGUAGCCUCACACAUAAACAUGCUUUUUUUUUUUUUAAUUUAUUUAUUUAUCUUCCUUUAAAAUUUCAUUUUACAAUCAUAUUAUUACUAUACAUGCAAAAGACUUUCACCUUUUUCUAACUGAGUAACGUAUGCUGCAGUUUUCCUUUAUACAUGUAAAUAUUUUAUUCUUUCUAUUACUAUGUGACAUGUUUAAAUAAUUAUUAUUUUAGUUGUGUAAAUUUCAUGUUCAAAUCUCAGCCACUUGUGAAUUCACACAAGAGAAUGAGGAAUUUGAAACUGACUUAAUAUUUUUUUUUUUAAUAGAAAAAAAUAAUCUGACAUAAAAUAGCGUAUCUUCCUCUUUAAAGUACUGGUGCAUGUUCAAGUAACUUCGCAGCAUUUAUUAAAUGCCGUUCUAAAAGUACUGUCAUAAUAACUAUUUAAAUGCUUUUCAAAUUUCUUUACCCAGUAUUUAUUGAAGGUAUAGUAAGAAACAACUGAAAUGGCAGCUGUUCUUUGAUCUGCAUUGUAUUUGUACCUAAAUAUAAAUUAUAUUCCACAAUAUUUAGAUAUAUUUCUGUUUCUAUACUUAAAGCAGUCUUUUUAUCGAGUGAUUUUUAUAGGUAUCUGCUUAGGAAUAAAAGAAAAAUAUUCAUUUAAAUUGACUGUUAAAAGUAUCAAGUAACAUGUUUAUUAUUCAUUAAUCUUUAAUUUUCUCUAAAAUUAAUAAUAAGAUUGUUAAAUUUCUUUGUGAAUUAUGAAAGAAAAUUUUUAUUUUAAUGAUCAACUAAAUACUAUUAUUGUCUUAAAAACGUUUCAAAAUGUGGCUUUGAAAUAAGAUGUCAAUUUUGAGUUAUUUUUUUAAAAGGAUAUAGUUUGAUUUGAUACUCUAUUUAGUUUUAUCAAAGUAAAGAAAUUAAAAUUAAAGAAAUUAUUAUUGUAUGCUAAAAUACUUCAUAAUUUUAAAACAAAAUUGCAAGUAUAUAAUGCUUUUAAUCUGAAUUUUUUAUAAAUUUUAAGAUAUCCCAAACCACGAAUGCCAUAAAUAAACUUGGGAUUAUUAUUUUUAUAGCAUAUAGAUUUCUAAUUCUGUGCUAAUAUGAUAUUACAUAUUUAUGUAUUUCAUUCACUGCAUAACAUUGUUAACAAUAGCAAAUACUGUUAGCAAUAGCUUAUUUUUUCAGCUAAGUGUGCUAUUUUUAUAAAUCAAUCAUUUCACUUCAAAUAUAUGAAAAAAAUUGAUAAAUGAGUAAAUGAAAUUAUUUUUAUCAGUGAAAUUUUUUAAAAUCUAAAUUUGAUUACUAUUUUGCUUGGAUGAAUGUUGCUAUAAAGCCAUGUGCCUAAUUUAUAGUAAAAAUAAACAACACAUUGCAAUAUAUGUUUUUUCUCUAAAAUCUCAUUUCUGCUGAUUUUAAUGUAUGGAAGAGAAUAUUCUCAUCCUUCAUAAAACAAAGUGUCUAAGCAGAAAAACUGUCACAGAAGUCUUACUUCUGCUUUCUGCCGAUUUUAUGUAUAGAGGAGAAGUGUUAGACAUUUUGUGCUUUAUUAUAUAAAACAGAAUACUGACUUUUUACAUGCAUAUGUAAAAAGUGAAUAAAUAUGCAUGUAAGGUAUAAUGCGUAUAUCUGCAUAUGUAAAAUAUAUUGUAUGUUUGUCAUUAUGCAUGUAUUAUAUUUUGUCUCAUUAUAUUCAAACUUUGACUUUUUAAUCUGGUGCUUCUCAUUACACUCAUUAAAAAUGUAAAUAUGGUUUAUCACUUUUAUUGUAUGAAACUGCAGUAUAUUUAUAAAGUGCCAAAUAUCUUUUGUUAAAAUUAAUAAAUUUUAGAAUAAAAAUAUUUUAACUGAUA